AUGGAGCCUUCAAAAGUGUCCAUGUUGGCUCUUUUCCUGCUCGUGGUCGUUGGAAAAACCUCAGCCAAAGUUGAAGAGGAGAACGCAGAGUUCUGGAGAUCGCAGGCAAAGAAGACUUUGCAAACAGCUUUAAAUAGGAAGCAGAACACCAAUGUGGCCAAAAACAUCUUGUUUUUCCUCGGAGAUGGUAUGGGAAUCACAACCUAUACAGCAGCUCGUAUCCUCAAGGGACAACUGCAGAACCAAACAGGAGAGGAGACAGUGAUGACCAUGGACACCUUCCCCCAUGUGGGCUUGGCUAAGACCUACAGUGUGGACUUCCAGAUUGCAGAUAGUGCUGCCACAGCCACUGCUUAUCUAUGUGGGGUAAAAACCAACCUGAACACCAUUGGCGUCAGCGCAGCAGCUCGAAAUGGCGUUUGUAAGAGUCAGAAGGGCAAUGAAGUCACAUCCAUCCUGAAGUGGGCCAAAGAUGCAGGCAAGUCUGUCGGCAUUGUGACAACCACACGGGUGCAACAUGCAACCCCGGCCACCAGCUACGCCCACAGUGCCAGCAGGAAGUGGUACAGUGACACGGACAUGCCUGCUGCCGCCAAGAGAGAUGGCUGCACUGACAUUGCCUCUCAGCUGCUUAAUAACACAGACAUAGAUGUGAUCAUUGGUGGCGGGAGAAAGUACAUGACCCCCAGGGGUACCAAGGAUCCAGAAUACCCCAGAGACUACUCAUCCAGGGGUAAAAGACAAGACAAACGCAACCUCAUCAGUGAAUGGCAGAACCAGAAAAUAGGCAAGGUAGCCCAUUAUGUAUGGAAUAAAACCGAUUUUGAUGCUGUCAACCCAGAAACCACAGAUUACCUCAUGGCUCUGUUUGAACCAGGUGAUCUGCGAUAUGAAGCUGAGAGGGACCCCAGCAUGGACCCAUCCAUCGUUGAGACCACGGAAAAAGCCCUCCGCAUCCUCAGGAAAAACCCUAAAGGCUUUUUCCUUUUAGUGGAAGGGGGCCGCAUUGACCAGGCCCAUCACGAUGGCCGAGCAUACAUGGCACUUCAUGAGACGGUUGCGUUCGACCACGCCAUUGCCAAGGGCCUUGAACUCACCAACGAGGAGGAAACGCUCACUAUAGUGAUGGCUGACCAUUCCCACCCAUUUACCUUCAACGGAUACCCAUUUCGAGGGCAAAGUAUUCUGGGGAAAUCUCCAUUGUGGGCCAAAGAUAUGUUGCCAUACACCACACUUAUGUAUGGAAAUGGACCUGGACACAAAAUCACCAAUGGCACACGGCCCGACAUCCGCAAUGUCAACACAAAAACUAAAGAGUAUGUCCAGCUCUCAGCAGUGCCCACAGACUCCGCUACCCACAGUGGAGAGGAUGUGGCCGUGCUGGCCCGUGGACCCAUGGCCCACCUCUUCCAUGGCGUCCAGGAACAAAAUUACAUCGCCCACGCCAUGGCCUAUGCUGCCUGUGUGGGGACAGACCUGAGGCACUGUCGAGGGCAAACGACUCCGGCUUUUGUUCACACCACCUUCAACAGCGAUAAUAGUGCUGGAGGAGCCCGAACCUCAGCGGCAUUGAUCAGUGGCCUCCUUAGUGCAGCACUGCUGGCCCAUAAUGUGCUGAUGUAA